GCUACAAGCUAGACUGUGGAGAGCGCAGCUAGCUGACGCAGCAGCAUCUAGCAACAGUUAGCGGUUAGUGGAAACUGGGUGUGAGUCUCUCUUAGCCUUUGGUGAUUAUUAUUAUUUACAAUGAAGAAAUUAAAAGGGCCCACAUCCUGACGUCCGCACUGUGGUCUAUGACGGUCUGUGGCGGCGUCGGUGACUGACAUGGACGCAAAUGACAAUAAGGAUGUGAAGCUUUCAGCCGAAGUGGAACCGUUCAUCCCACAGAAGAAAGGCUUCGAAGGAUCCCUGGUCAGCAUGAGUCUUUCUGGAGAUGUAGGUGGAGGAGGAGGGGGUGGAGGUUUAGGAGGAGGUGGUGGUGGAGGGGUGGAGACCACUCCUAUACCGAGCUACCUCAUCACCUGUUACCCCUUCGUCCAGGAGAACCAACCAAACAGGCAACAUCCCAUGUAUAAUGGAGGGGAGCUGCGCUGGCAGCAGCCUAACCCUAGCCCCGGUGGUUCGUACCUGGCAUACCCUAUCUUGUCUUCCCCCCAGCCUCCUGUCUCCAACGACUACACUUAUUACCAGAUCAUGCCUGCUCCAUGCCCUCCAGUAAUGGGCUUCUAUCAGCCUUUUCCUGGCACCUAUGCAGGUCCAGUGCAAGCUGGAGUGGUCAACCCUGUCUCAGCAGAUGUCAGUGAAAGACCACUCCCCCUGGGACAGGCAUACGGGAUGGCCAGUCAGAGGGGGAGAGGCAUGGUGCGACCUAAUCUUAUCCCAAAGCAACAGUUGGGUGUGUGCCAGCCUCCUAGAGGUCGUCGGCCUCCAACCAGAAGUGUAGCUGUACAGAAGGAGGUGUGCACAUUGGGGCCUGAUGGGAGGACCAAGACUGUCCUGCUGGUGGAUGCAGCACAGCAGACAGAUUUUCCAGGUGAAGUGUCAGGACGAUGUGCUGCUGAGCGAGGUAGUCCGUUAUUGUGGAAAAACCGAACUAAGAGAAGACGGGCUUCUCACCCAGGUGAAAGCUACAACGAGCAAGGUGCUAGUGAAGCAGACAUAGACAGCGACAGCGGCUACUGUAGCCCUAAACACAACCAGGCAGCUGGAGUACCACAACGAACAACAGAGAAUACAGCGGCACCACCGGGAGUAGAAGCUGGUGUUAUGACAGCUGGUUCCUGGGUAAAUGUAGCCUCUCAAGCUAACCCAAAGCCCUGGGGGGAAAGAAAUGGCCAGUUUCACAGAGCAGAUCAGAGGAAGAAUCCUGAACAGAGGAAUUUCUCACAGGAUUUCCAUGGUGGUUAUCCAGGGCGAGUGCCUUCAAACCAGUCAGAACAAAGGCUGCAGGCAGCAGUGGUCACAGGCACUGAGCUCACCCCAGAGCCCCUCUACUUUGAGGAUGAAGAGGAGUUCCCAGAUCUUGCUACGGGAGGCGCAGCUCAACGUAGCGCCAAACAAGAACCUACUCCAGCCCAGACGCACACGCAACCUAAACUACCCAAAAACCUGCUGGAUAACCUACCAGAAAACUCCCCCAUUAACAUUGUGCAGACACCCAUCCCCAUCACCACCUCUGUUCCUAAGAGGGCCAAGAGCCAGAGGAAGAAGGCUCUAGCUGCUGCUUUAGCCACAGCACAGGAGUACUCUGAAAUCAGCAUGGAGCAGAAGAAAUUACAGGAGGCAUUCACCAAAGCAGCAGGGAAGAAAAGUAAAACCUCUGUCGAGCUGGACCUGGGGGACAUGCUGGCAGCUUUGGAGAAACAUCAGCAGGCUAUGAAGGCCAAACAACUCACCAAUACAAAGCCACUGGACUUCACAGUGGGAACAUCUACUCCAUUCCACGGUUCAGGCUCAACCAAUUUGUCCUCCAUGUUGAAAGGUCGUCAGCAGCAGUACUCUGCCCCUCAUAACCCGCUGGAUUCCACCGCUCCCCGAAUAAAGAGAGGGAAGGAGAGAGAGAUCCCCAAAGUUAAACGACCGACAGCCCUGAAGAAGAUAAUCUUAAAAGAACGAGAAGGAAAGAAAGGGAAGACAAGUGUAGAACAAGAGUGUUCAGGCCAGGAGGAGCAUGGUGACGAGAGCCUUCACUUUACUGAUGACCUUCCACGAGAGCCAGUUUCCCAAGAAGAGAACGGUCUGAGUGUGCCCAGCGAUGCCUCUCUCUCCCCAGCAAGUCAGAACUCUCCAUACAGCAUCACCCCUGUGUCCCAGGGCUCUCCUGCCAGUUCUGGCAUUGGGAGUCCUAUGGCUUCAAACGCCAUCACAAAAAUCCACAGUAGACGUUUCAGAGAGUACUGUAAUCAGGUGCUGAGUAAAGAGAUAGACGAGAGCGUGACUCUGCUGCUACAGGAACUGGUCCGCUUCCAGGAGCGAGUCUACCAGAAAGAUCCUACCAAGGCCAAAUCCAAACGGCGCCUGGUCAUGGGUCUCAGAGAAGUCACCAAGCACAUGAAGUUGCACAAGAUUAAGUGUGUGAUCAUCUCUCCAAACUGUGAGAAGAUCCAGGCCAAAGGUGGUUUGGAUGAAGCUUUAUAUAACGUGAUUGCCAUGGCGAGGGAGCAGGAGAUCCCUUUCGUGUUUGCCUUGGGCAGAAAAGCUCUUGGACGCUGCGUCAACAAACUGGUGCCUGUUAGUGUGGUUGGCAUUUUCAACUAUUCUGGAGCUGAGGAUCUCUUCAACCGUUUGGUUUCCCUGACAGAAGAGGCAAGGAAAGCUUACAAGGACAUGGUGUCAGCUCUGGAGCAAGAGCAGGCUGAAGAGGCUCUUAAAAAUGACAAGAAAGUCCCACACCAAAUGGGCCAUUACCGCAACCACUCUGCUGCUUCUGCUAUCUCCUUCUGCUCCAUCUUCUCUGAGCCGAUCUCAGAGGUCAAUGAAAAGGAGUAUGAGACAAACUGGAGGAGUAUGGUUGAGACUUCAGAUGCCCUGGAGCCUGUAGAGGCUGAGCCAAGCCGCCCUGCUCCUUCCACAGCCACUCAGAAAGACACAGAGGGCAACACCGCUAACACCAAUACAGCACCCCCCGGCUCCUCUGCUCCACAGCCCAGGACGGGGCCUCCCACACAGGGUACUGGUGACAGAGACGAGGUACGGGUUGAUGACCGGCUGGAGCUGGCCUCUCAGCAGAGCACCGAGACAGGUUCGUUGGACGGGAGUUGCAGGGGCCCUCUGACCUCCUCCAUUACCUCCACCACCUCCACCCUUGUCCCGGGGAUGCUGGAGGAGGCGGAGGACGAGGACGAGGAGGAGGAAGAGGAGGACUACACUCCUGAACCGAUUUCAGUUGAGGUGCCGACCCUCAGCAGCCGUAUUGAAUCAUGGGUGUCAAAGACUCUGGAGAACCUGCAGUUAGGAAAGAGUCAGGAAAGCACAGAAGAAGAGGAGGAGGAAGAAGAAGAUUAUGAUGAGGAGAGAGGACAGAGUGAGGACGAGGAGGAUCUGGAUUCAGCAGACAUCACAGAGAUGACAGCGGAGGAGGAGGAGCAAGUGGAGGCUAAAAAGAUGGCAGGUUGACGUGUGCUCUCAUCUUCUGUUGUGACGCUCAUUCCCUGUCACUCUCACACAUCCAUCCUCACAGCAGCCAGCAGCGUCUCUCCUUUGUCUACAAACCCAGACACCACAUAAUCUCAGGUAUCCAACCGACCAACAGAAACACAGACCAUUAACGCAGAGAUAUUGACCAACAUACACAUGACGACACAUGACGAAAACUAGCACAGUUUGAGGAAAAGUAAGAACAACACUCGUAUUAUUUAAAAGGCUUCCUUCACUAUGUCGGCCCAUAACCUGCUACACUUGAAUUCAGAGGGGAGUUUUUGAGUUUCUUCCUCUGAAGCUGAACUCUUUCAGAGUCAGGAACCUUUUGGGAGCAAGUGGUGAGCCCUUAAAAAAAACCGAGGUGGAAAGUUGGAACCUUUCAGCUCCCAUCUUGCUUUACAAAGAGCCUAGAAGGUUUACAGCUCUACGAGUAUUUGUGUGCUUGUGUCGUUUACAGGCACAUCAUUGCAUUUAUUUUGCUGUGUUCAUUAGCUUUAUCUUUGUAAAUAAUGUGUGUGAUUUCUGUUUUUUACCCCCUGACUGCUCCACGAGUAAAGGAGAGACAUGCAUUUGUUAAUUAUUGCGUGGUUUAUGUUUAACUUUCCUCAUUAAAUAUUACAGCAUCAGAAAAUCGUCUGUGCUUCUAGCAAAACCACUCCCACUCAUCAGUCUUCAGUGUUUUUUAAUGUUCAAAUAAUAAGUGGCCCAUUCUGUAUAUUCAGACGAUUCAAAUGUCUAAACUUCUAAGAAGCAAAAACAAGCGUGUAUAUAACCUUUGUUUACGUGUGGUAUAAUGGUUUGUCAUAUUUAUCUUGCCUAGUGUGAAACUAUAUGGAGACUGGAAAUCAUCAAUGCUCUCUGCGCUCCAGAUAAAAAUUCUCCUGCUCUGUUUUUUAGAUGUCCAUGAUUGGUGGCUCUCAAGCUGUCUUGCCUAGUAAUGACCUAACACCACUUUUUAAAAGCCUUCUUGUCAAAUUAAUCUUUGACGAAACUUUCUGUGUAGUGUAAAGCAUUAUGAAAACUAAAAACUGUAACAGGGUUCUAAGUAGUCGUUCUUAUCAGUGUUGACUCUACUCACUUAAUCAAAAGAAGCAAGUUAACUGAAAGGACAAGCAGGUGUUUACAAGCCGGUAAUCAUGAAGUUUAACUACACCACAGUUUACACUGAGUCAUAUGAAGGGUGAGAGUAACAAAAAUGAAACGAUUAAGGUGAUAAAAUCUCUUAAACUGAAUAAUGAAGUGAUAAAUUAUAACUGAUUUGAUUAAUUUGAGGUUGAUUUGAUGAAAAUAGUGGUAAAUGUAAUCAUUUUGAUUGCUUUUAUUUAUCAUUAACAGCGCAAACAUUUCCAUUAAUCAAUAAAGGAAAGAGGCCUCAAGGGUGAAAGUCACAGAAAGUGAUGAUAAAAAUUAAGGUGAUAAAAAUGAAUGUGGUUUGACUUACUAAGCAUCAAAAAUAUAGGCGAAUUAAAACAUGCACACUGAGUCAGUUAUUUUCAAAUGCUUUUUUUUCCCUGAUCCCUUAACCGGG